UACAUAUUUAUUUAUUGAAACUCUUGUGAAGAAACAAUCCAUGCCAACAUCUGUUUACAAAUCCAUAAUAUUACUUUCAGAUCUUGAAUUCCCCUUAGUUACUAGCGUCGUUUUAUUAACAGGAAAACCGCCGUAUUGACAUGAUUUGCCACGGAGAGCCAGACGGUCACUCAGCUAUGGCGCGCACAGUUGGGCUCCCUGUUGCUAUUGCAACGAAAAUGAUGCUAGACGGUGAGUCGAAGAGUUGUUUACCACCUUGAAAAAUUUUCUUGUCUUUGAAAAAUGUGUAAGCAAAAUUCAAAAGACGCAAGACGUCUACAAAUUUCGAAGGAAAAUUACCGAAAUUACGUUAUCGAUAAACUCACGUGUGAGAUUAUGGAAAAUAAACCACUCGGGUCCCGGAUGUAGUUUUUAUGAAUUUUACGAGUGGUAUAUUUUCCAGUAAAACACUCGUGUCUAUAUAAUAAAUUUAAUUAUUUAUUUAUUUAUCUGUCGAUUUAUUUUUAUUUAUUUAUUUAUCAAUCUUGUCAGACCUCUUGGAUAUCCUUUGCAUGGUAUAGAUAAAACAAAUGUUUGCCUCUUAUAUUUUUGUUUUGUCGCAACAGGAGACUUGAAAGCCACAGGCGUUGUUCUUCCGCUAAAUCGUGAGAUUUACAAACCUCUUCUAACGCGACUUAGAGCAGAAGGAAUACAAAGCCAGAUGACCACAACAGUUUUAUGAGAAGCAAAAUGGUAAGGCAAUUCCCUUUAAUUCCCCGUCAUUGAUGUUGUCUGGUGUGGGAGAUGGCAGCCAAAGUUGGAGAAAAGUAAUGCGGUACGCUAUUUAUAGCAGUUUAUAUAUUAUUUUGUUGCAAAACGUCGUAUUAAUAAGUGAAGUAUUUGUUGCGUGCGCAAACGUAUUUGAACUCUGAUGACAAACCCUUCCGAUAUCCUUAAUUAUUAUUAUUAUUUUUAAUCUCUUCCUUCAAUACUCUCUGCGAGGGGAAGCCUGAGAUCUGCAACGGUCGGUCGCCGAAAAAAAAUAAAAUAAGGAUAGCCUUAACUGGAAUAGUUGUAUAUAAAUACAGGGAUGAGUCUUUCCUUGUUUUCCUGGGACAAAUCGUAGGCGUUUAGAACCGCAAUUUUCUUAGGCCACGUUCACUCAGGCCACGUCCACACGUAUCUGGAUACUUUUGAAACCUCAUACCUUUUUACACGAAUCCUUCUAUCGUCCCCACGAGCGAAACCAGUGAAUCCCCUCACCGAAACCGCAUCAUGUUAAAACUGCUCUCCACAGAGAUUUAACGCCCUAUCCACACUAUUCCGGGUGAAAAGAUUUGCGGUUUCAGAAGUGUCCGGAUUCGUGUAAACGGGGCCUUAAACACGGACAAAAACCUCGAUCAAAUACAGUCACACGAUUGU